CCUCCGUCCCUGUCAACAUUAUUUUUGUUUUUACCCCACCUUUGACCUCGAUAAACGCGCCUUUUUUUGUUUUAACACCACUUUUUUUACCCUUUGAUGUCGCCUUGACAACUAAAAAAGACUCAAGCCAUACUCUCGGUCCGCGCACGAUGGAGUUCGUUAAUUAUCCCUAUACUGCGCUAGUGGAGGUGAGGAGGGUCCUUGAAACCCGUCGGCCGAGUGGCUUCUUAUUUGGGGCUUUGGAGGGCAGACGAGGGAAUGCUUGGGUCCCUGUAUUCGUCUAGUGAUUUUUUUUUUCCUUUUCCCCGGUACACACCUCGCCCUACAAUCCAAAGUAAGGUACCUACAUUAGCCCAAUACAUUUUGGGGUUAUUUACCUCACUUGGCCAGCGCCACCACUUCUGAUCGGGGCUUUUCAUAGUCGUCGUCAUCAUAUUUUUCUGGGAUUCUCUUCUCCCUGCCGUUCCUUUCCGUGACGCUCUCCUGCCCCUCAUCGGACUGCUUGCUGUAAUUUCUGGCCAUCAUCGCAUUAUACACCCAAAAGGCAAGAGCGCAGACACAAGGAACACCCUUUAGACCCUGUCUCCGUCCCUCAAAAUGGGUUCCGUCACCAUGUCGACAUCUACCAUGGAAGAGACCGCCACCCCGGCCAAGUCAGUAAACGGCAGUGGCCACCGCCCGCCCCUCUCCACCAUCCUCCCGCCCAUGAUCCUCGGCUCCGCCACCUUCAACUCCCAGUACGUCCGAGACCCGUCCGCGAUGCCGGCUCGCCCCAUCGUCUCCCGCGCCUUCGACCUGGGCAUCCGCGCCUUUGACACAUCGCCCUACUACGGCCCCGCCGAGCUCCUCCUGGGCGACGCGCUCGCCGCCGCCGCCAGGCCCCGCGACUCGUACCUCCUCAUCAGCAAGGCCGGGCGCGUCGGCCCCACGACGUUUGACUACUCGCCCGCCGCCGUCACCGCCUCCAUCCACCGCAGCCUCGAGCGCCUGCGCACCCCCUACCUCGACCUGGCGUACCUCCACGACGUCGAGUUCGUCACCACGGCCGACGUCCUGGCCGGGCUCGGCGCCCUCCGCGCCCUCCAAUCCCAGGGCCUGAUCCGCUACGUCGGCAUCUCGGGCUACCCCGUGGCCCGCCUGCUGGAGCUCGCCGAGGCCAUCACCGCCACCACGGGCAGCCCCGUCGACGCCAUCCUCAGCUACGCGCACUUUUCCGUGCAAAACACCAUCCUCGCCGCCCCCGAAACCCUCGCGCGCUUCCGCCGCGCCGGCGUCGACGUCGUCCUCAACGCCAGCAUCCUCGCCAUGGGCCUGCUGACGCCCGGCAUCUCGGCCGGCCCCCAGGAGAGCUGGCACCCGGCGCCCGAGGGCCUGCGCGCCGCCUGCGUGGCGCUGCGCAAGGAGUGCGCCGCCCGCGGCGGCAAGAGGCUCGAGGAGAUCGCCAUCGAGUACGCGCUGAGGGAGUGGGGCCGCUUGGCGAUCGACGCCGGCGUGGCGGUGGGCAGGGGUGUGGGGCAGCAGACCGUCGGCGGCACCGUCAUCGGGGUGACGAGCGUGCGGGAGCUCGAGGAGACGAUGGCGGCGUGGGCCUCGGCCUGUCGGGAUCUGGGGCUGGUGGAGGAUGGCCACAAGGCCGGCGUGACGAAUGGUAACGGUCAUGUGGAUGCCGUCGGCGGUGCCAAGGGAGGGCCCGAGGAUGUGGUUGCGUUUGUCAGGGACGUCAUGUGGCCGAUCCUGGGCGAGUGGAAGGACUUUUCUUGGGAUAGUCCGCACAAGGGUUGGUUCGGUGAGCACGGGAACGUGGUUGGUUCCAAGGAUCCAAUGAGCAAUGGUCACUGAGACGAGUUGUUGAAAGGAAGGCUUUUUUUUUAAUACCCUGGUGUAAUGCAAUAUUUUAUUCUUCAGACUAGUUGGCGCUCUAUAUAUCAGGUAAUUCUUUUAGACCGGUCAAGGCUUUCAUAGACGAUAUGUAACGGCAUUUACAUCCAC